CCCGAACGCGGUGCUUCCUCCCUCCCCGCAGCCAAAUCGAGAUCUCUCACCCCACCCCCUCCCUCACCCCACCCCCACCCCGCCCCCGCCACCACACGCCGGCCGGCCGGCCGCGGCAACCAGCCCACCAGAAGAAACAUGGCCUCGGCGCUCUCCUCCCUCCGCUACGGCGACAGCCUCUCGGUGGUGGCCAUCUCGGGCGCCACGGCAGUGCUCUGCGAGGCCAUCUCCUGGCUCCUCAUCUACCGCACCGCCACCUACAACUCCCUCCGCGCCUCCAUCGAGCGCCACUCCCGCAAGCUCGACUCCAUGAAGUCCACCUCCUCGGCCUCCGGCGCCGCCCCCUCCUCGCAGCCCGCCUCCUCGCGGGCCAAGAAGAUGGACCGCGUCGAGUCCAGCCUCAAGGACGCCUCGCGGGAGCUCUCCCUCGCCAAGCUCAAGUCCGGCGCCGUCGUCGCCGCCGUCCUCUUCGUCGUCUUCGGCCUCCUCAACUCGCUCUUCGAGGGCCGCGCCGUCGCCAAGCUGCCCUUCGCGCCCGUCCCGCUCGUGCAGCGCAUGAGCCACCGCGGCCUGCCCGGGAACGACCCCACCGACUGCGCCAUGGUCUUCCUCUACUUCCUCUGCUCCAUGAGCAUACGGACCAACCUCCAGAAGCUGCUCGGCUUCACUCCGCCCCGCGCGGCCGCCGGGGCCGGCGGUGGCCUCUUUGCCAUGCCCGAUCCCAAAGUCAACUGAGCUUGAUACACGCAUGCGGUGCAGCUGAUCUCAAGCAAGCACGAGUUGGUCUCCCUCCCAGAAAGAGUUGCUAAAUAACCUGCCUAGUCGCUGCCGGGGAGAAACGCCAGAAGAUACUGUAAUGAUACGAUUCAUUUUUCCACCCAUGAUAAGCAGACAUGAACCGUAGGCUGGCUGUAUCAUGAACAUUCUUGAGGUCGCCUGCCAAGCAAUCUGUUGUCGGGUUUUGGGACUCUUUCCUUUGUAGGGUUGUGUUUUAUCAUCAUCAGCCGUUGUAGCAAAA